UUUCAAAUUUGGAGCCUACUGUUAACUCGUGUCACGUGUUUCCGCUUUGGCGUGCAGCUUCCUUUCGUGUGUGGUUGCCAUAGUAACAGACCCCGCGUUGCGGUUGAGAGUUUAGCCAAACAGCAGCAGGCAUGAGUGCAGAUGCAGUUUUCUCUCUUCAAAACCAGUCCACCACCGUUGACUAUAGCGGGAAGGUCCCUGUAGAGCACCUGGACUAUGAUUACAUUGGAAAAUGUAAAGAUGUAAAAUACCUGGAGAAGAUCUUGAGAGUACUGAGGUCUGGCGAUGAGGGCAUUUUUCCUCAUCUGAUCAAGUUCUGUGAGAGUCACUUGGAGAAACUGGACCCAAGGAGCCGAGCUCUCAGGAAGGAAAACCCUGUGGCCACAGCAGCCACCCUCUCUAAAGAUGAGUGGAGCCAAAUUGUUAAUGAGUUGGAGACUUGGCAAGAAGAAACCAAAAAAACUGAGACUUCACUAAAAGAGCAGUCAAUGUUUGAUGAUCUAGUGAAUGAAAACACGCCACCUAUAAGAGGUUCCAAUUGCUCCAUUCCACUUAGUCAGACUUCAGUUCCAAAAGAAAAGAGAAAUUCUUCAAAACGCGCUCUCCCACGUGAUUAUCGAGAAUGGGACAAGUUUGAUGUGGAAAAAGAAUGCGACAGAAUAGAUGGAAAUGUGGUCAAAAAUGAUCCACCUGUCAUUAUAAACACAGGACACCCCAAAAUCAAGACUAAAGUGGAUGCUUCAAUGCUGACACAACAGGAGAAGCUCCUUCUGGCAAAUCGUGAAAAGGACAAAGGCAAUGAAGCUUUCAAAGCAAACGAUUAUGAGGAGGCAGUUGUAUACUAUUCCAGGAGCCUUUCCAUUAUACCAACUGUGGCUGCAUACAACAACAGAGCCCAGGCAGAAAUCAAUCUCAAGCACUGGCACAGUGCUAUGAGAGACUGCCAGAGGGUACUCGAAAUGGAACCAGGAAAUAUGAAAGCCCUGCUACGUCGUGCCACUGUUUAUAAUCACAUGGGCAACUUCCAAAUGGCUGCUGAAGACCUGAGGAUGGUGCUAAGGGAAGAGCCGCAGAAUGCUGCAGCCACUCAACUUCUGUCUGAAACUGAGAAGAAGAUGAAGGAAUGUCAACCAGAGCAACAAAGCAAAGGCAAAAAAAUCCUCAUCCAAGAAGUAGAAGAGGAAGAUGACAUCAGUAACAAUGAGACAAAAGCAGAACAGACCGCUUGUCCGGUUGAACCUAGCCAGCCUGUGGGAGGGGAGGAGAGCUCAGCUGCUCCUGCCGAAAGGGGAGACAUGGGUAACGCUCAAAAAAAGCCCCACAACAGAGGGGACGGGGGUCCACACAGUGAGUUCAGCAACUCCCACCAUGGACACUGGAGGGGCAAAGGAGCUAGCUCUGACAAGUACAAAGUCACGCAGGAGUCUAAGGAAAAGGUAGCCAAUGGAACAAGCAAAAGGGGCUCGACAGCUUCAGCCCAGGCUGAUCAGAGCAGCAGUAAGGGAACUCCGGCUGGAGGAAAUGCAUCGGAAACUGUCAACCUUGAUGCCCCGUGUGGAGCCCUGCCCCCACCUCUGGCCCGGCUAAAGAAUGAAGGAAACCUGCUGUUUAAAAACGGACAGUUUGCCGAUGCACUGGAGAAAUACUCACUAGCCAUUCAAGGCUAUACAGAUUCAGGGAUUGAUAGUCCGGAGGAUCUAUGUAUUCUGUAUUCUAACAGAGCAGCCUGCUACCUGAAAGAUGGCAACAGUCAAGACUGCAUACAGGACUGCACAAGAGCCCUGGAGCUACAGCCAUUCUCUCUCAAGCCCCUCCUGCGCCGGGCCAUGGCUUAUGAGUCCCUGGAACGCUACUGUAAGGCCUAUGUGGAUUACAAGACCGUCCUGCAGAUAGACAUCAGUGUGCAGGCAGCACACGACAGCGUCAACAGGAUCACCCGGCUGCUGAUUGAGCAGGACGGUCCAGAGUGGAGAGAGAAACUUCCGGACAUUCCCCGGGUGCCUCUGUCAGCUCAGCAGCACCGCAGAGAGGAGCCACCCAGCACAGAGGUCCUCCAGGCUCGAGCAGAGAAGGCAGCCAGGGAUGAAGAAAGGAAAGCAGAAGUCCAUUUUACAGCUUUGAAGCAAGAAGGGAAUGACUAUGUGAAGAAGGGCCAAUACCAUGAUGCACUGGGAAAGUACACUGAAUGCCUUAAGCUAAAGCCAGAAGAGUGUGCUAUCUACACCAACAGAGCCCUGUGCUACUUGAAGCAGGAGAGGUUUACUGAGGCCAAGCAGGACUGUGAUGCAGCACUGAAACUGGAGCCAAGCAAUAAGAAGGCCUUCUACAGACGAGCCCUGGCCAAUAAAGGCCUCAAGGACUACCUGGCGUGCAGCGCUGACCUGCAGGAGGUACUGCAGCAGGAUCCCAACGUGCAGGAGGCUGAGAAGGAGCUGGAGGAGGUCACAGUGCUGCUCAGGCAGAGUCUGGCCAACGCCAACGCCAACGCUUCACCAGCCAAACCCAGGAAGACUGUCCCCAUCACAGAGGUUGAGGGUGACGAGGAAACGACAGCCGUUCCUAACUCAGAGAGCAGCUGCAGAGGAGAGGACGUCACCAUCAACCUCCAUCCGACUGAUGCCUACGAGUUCGGCCAGGCUCUGAACGCAGCUCGCUGCAGCGGAAACACAGCGGCCUGCUCUGCCUUGCUGGCCUCCACAACCCCGGAGAUGCUUCCCCAGUUCCUGAGCACCCAGCUGGACGGACACACCAUCAGCUUCAUCAUGCAGGCGCUGGACUCCCACCUCCUGGAAAAAGACCCCAACCUGGUCUACCAACACCUCAACCAUCUGCACACCGCCAACAGGUUCUCGGUUGUACUGAUGCUGAUGGAGAAGGACGACCAUCGCCACAUGACUCAGCUGUUUGAGCAUCUGUCUGCUGUGGAGAGCACAGAGUUCACUAAGAACGAUGUUCAGAAUCUGGCCAACAAAUACAUCUGACCCUCCUGCCCCUGCUCCCUGCUGCAUGAGCUGCUGCACCACUACAACUCUUGGAUCUAUGCAAAACACUGCACAAGAAAUGAGAACACAAAGGCAGGAAGCUGCAGAAAGUGCCCCAGAGCAAUACAAUGGAACUGAGUCACAUUCACUCUACUUGUCUGUGCAGUAAAUCUGAUCACUGUAUGUUUGAGUGACAGUAUAAGGAAUAUAUUUUUCUCUCCAGAACAUUUUGCUAUGCAGAUUUACUUUUGUACCACCACUAACCAUUUGCAUUGUACAACAGGCAGACAGUGGGAUACUAAUAGACCUUUCAUGUCAGUGUAUUAAUAAAGAGGGGCCAAUGUACAAUGUUAUGUAAGGCUACAGGCCUUUCCCCUACAGACAGUUGAGUUUGCUCAGGAAAGGCUCAUGUUCCCAGAACUGAUUUCACUUGUUCCAGUCUUUGAACCCUGUCAGUCUUUUGAUAUCAGUCACUUAAUAAAUGAGCUUCUGUCAGACACCGGCUAAGAUCAGAAAUAAUAUUCAGUGCAUGCUGAAUAUUACUUAGCAAAGGACCAAGUGAGGUAAUUUACUACUGAGCUAAUUAAGAUGUUCCUUGCUGCGGGACAAACCAUAAGAUAAAGUAACAGUUUUAUUAUGACCAUGUGUGCUGUAUUAUCACUGUGGAAGAAAUAGGCCUGCAUCAUAUCUUACUGUUAUACUGCACAGGACAACAGCAGUAUCUGUUGAACUGAUAUCUACUGACAGUGUUGUAGGAGAAAAUACAAUUUGUAACCAUACUUGACUCAGACGCUCUUUUGUUUUAUUCAGCUAUGCAAUUAGCAGAUCUGGGUUCUAAUGUAAAAUCACUCUCGCAGGCUGGCGUUUGUGUCUUUUCCUUAAGGAAUGACGUAAAGUCAUUGAACCUAUUUGUUUACCAAAUUAGCCUGCCAGGCAACGCACAUUCUGCAUAUUCAUCUUCACAGCAGUUCAGCCUCGCAGAUGUGUACACACUGGAGAGAAGCAGCAUCUUUGAGAUGUGUGCCUUGGAUUUUAGACCAGGGGUCGACUUACAUUUUGGUGAGUGUGCAGUUACUCUUAAAGAGAGUACAUUUAUGUCAUUCAGUAGCUUUUAUCAAAAUGUUAAAAUGGCUUGGAUUUAUGCAUCGUAAAUCAUACAUAUAUUCACUUCUCUAUGUGCACGUAAUUGUUUAAAAUGUAAUUCUUUGCUAAUUUAAAAAGACAUUCUAGCCAUGCUAUUCCAGUCAUCCAAAAUUGAAGACUGCCUGAAUCCAAACCAUUCUUUGUUUUCAAAUGUUUUAUCACUUCUACAUGAAUGUACCAAAUUUAGUUCAGGGUGACGAGUCGGGGGGCGAGAGGCAAUAAUUUCACAUGUUCCACAGUUUCUCUUCACUGUGGUUUUAACAUUAUAUUUCAGUAGAUGUAAAAAAUGUGUACAAUAUUCAGAGGGCUAUUCAAUAAACUGGAAAAAAUGUAAA